AUCAUACUCAUUAAUAAUGGAUUUAGUAUCAUUUCGUCUGCCGUCCUGUGUCUCGACAGAAUAAUCCAGCGCCCUGAAUUCAUCCUGUUUGCUCGCUUUUUUGCAGGAAUAGUGUCAGGUUCCUUUACUUGCUCCGUCCCCCUCUACAUCCUUGAAAUCUCCUCCUUGAAUCUGAGAGGUGCCCUGGUGACAGCUUCCAUCCUCUUCCUCAACUGGGGCCAUCUUUUGGGCCAAAUUUUAAGCUUUCCCCAGAUCUGGGGGAACCGAGAAGAUUAUUCAUUAUUAGUGGGUAUCACUGCUGCCUUUGCUGUCAUUAGUAAUAUGCUCCUCCUGCUUUGCCCCGAAAGCCCCAGGUACCUGUAUAUCCAGAGGAACGACGAAGCGAACGCAAGGCAAGUCUUGAAGAAGCUGAGAGGCAAAGAAGAUGUGGAGGACGAGAUGGAAGAACUUCGCCGGGAGCAGCUCGCCGAAAGCAACCAGAAGAACAUGACGGCAUGGCGCCUGCUCCAUUUCCCUGGCCUCCGGUGGAACCUCCUCACCGUUGUCAUCUUGGUCUCCGGAAGCCAAUUUGUGGGCGUGAACAUGGGCUUUGUUUUCGCCGAGCGGAUCUAUAAAGCUUUAGGGCUGUCCACCAAAGCCAAGAGGCUCAUUCCGCUAGCGGGAAACGUGAUCGUCCAACUGAUGCUCCUGACAACCAUAUGCACCGUCGAGACCUUGGGGCGGAAGUUUCUCCUUUUGACUGGCUUCCUGAUCUGUAGCGUGUCAAAUCUUUCCCUAGUCUUCUGUCUUAAGUUUCAGAUCGACAACCCCUCUCUGGCCUUCCUCAGCAUUGUUUUGAUCAUCCUCUUCUUCCUCGGGUACAUAACGGGACCAGCUUCCAUCUCUGUUGUGAUUAUCGGCGAGUUGUUCCUCCAGUCGUCCCGAAUGUCCGGGCUCAUGAUCGCGGGGUUGGCCACUUGGACAACCCGUUUUAUCUCGGCGUUGUUGUUUCUUCUGACCGAGCCACGCAUCGGACCUUACAGCUUGCUCUUAUAUUGGCCCUUUAUCAUCCUCACCUUUAUCUACAUUUUGCGGAUGGUCCCGGAAACCAGAGGCAAGACGUUCCAGGAGAUCCAGAAGAGCGUGGCCGCCCACAUCCGCAAACACUCCAGAAAAACCGUGGCUGAGUAGAAGCAGGAAAUGUAUUUCCCCCUUUCUUUGAAAAGUGGAUCUGGAAAAAUGAAGUAAAUUCGGCGCUCGCCGCAGUCUUGAUGUGCUUGUUUUUUUAAGCGGAGGAUGCUGGGUGUUCGUUUGGGAAAAAGACCAGCUUGGGAACUGAACAGAGCUGCGGGAGGAGAGGGUUAGCUGGGUUGCAGAGAGGAAGGGGGUGCCAGCCCUGCAGGGUAGGCCAGAGCAGAAAAUCAACUCCACAGGAAGACUAGAGCUAUGCUUUAUUGCAAUAGGCUUUAAU